AGAUAAGACCAGGACUCACACUCUCUUCAACAGUGUAAGCGUGUCGUUUUUUAAUGCCCAGGCUGAUAUUUUGUACGUUGUAAACCAAACUUUUCACACAAAGUAUCACCAAAGGAGAUAUUUGGCUUUCCAAGAACCACCAGAUCUAAACCCGGACCAUAUCAGGACGAAGAAAAUGUUGCUGCUGGUCCCUUGGGUGCUGCUCCUCUUCCUCUGCUCGGGUGUUUGUGGCUCGGGCUCUAAGCUGGUGAUCCAGCCGUGUGACCGUCCUCUCUUUGAGUCCAAACUGGUCCUGUGUCGGUCGGAGUUUAACCUGAGCCUGGAGCGUUCGGAGCACAGAUACACUCAGGACUGCGUGUGGCCUCACGUCAAAAGUUCCUAUAACGCCCUGAAGUUGUGUGUGGACAGCGAGGCGCGCUCUACCUGGUGCAGUGGAGUGGGGACGCUGGUGGACGACUUCUUCAUGGACGUGCAUCAGACUUAUUUCUCAGAGUGCGGGAGGAUCCGGGACCCGCCUGUACCAGUGCUCGUCCUCUUGGUGGUGCCGCUCGUCAUGUGCACACUCCUGCUGCCCCUGCUGUGUACGCACCUGACCACCAGGGACAUGGCUUAAGAAUGGACUCUACUACUACUAAUACUACUACUACUACUACUACUACUACUAUUACCACCACUACUACCACUGCUACUACUACUCCUAUUAUUACUCCUCCUCCUCCUACUACUACUACUACUACUGCUGUUACUACUGGUACCACCACCACCCAUCUGUGCACCUAACUACAAGCAACUAGACUUAAGAAAGGACACUACUACUACUACUACUACUACUACUACUACUGCUACAACUACUACUACUACUCUUAUGGUGCUAAUACUAAUAUGUAAUAAAAUAAAUAAUCAGGAACCAGACUAUACUAUGACUACUACUACUACUACUACUACUAGAACUACUAGGUUACUUCUAUCUGCAUUUGCAGCUUCUAAUCAGAAAUCAAACAAUUAGUCAUACAUUAGUCUUUCUAGUGAGCUACUACUACUACUACUACUACUACUACUACUACUACUUAUACUACUACUACUACUACUUAUACUACUACUACUACUCCUACUCCUACUACUAUUACUACCACCACCACUACUACUACUACUACUACUACUACUGCUACUACUACUUCUACUACUACUACUACUACUACUACUACUAAUUCAACUAUUACAAAUAGUACCACUUCUAUUACACUGCAUUGUAUGAGAAUGUGUUUUAAAUUUUCUGAUGUCAUUUUGUAAAUAUUUAUGUCACUUAUUGUGCUGGGUCAUUAUUUAAAAAAAUAAAUCCAAAAGAAAUAAAAAAAAAGAAAUAAAAUAAAACAAAAUAAAAUCAUGUCUUUUUGUCUGUUGCACAUGUGCUUUAGAUCAGUCCCUUGCACACACUCAAGGAAACAUUUAUUAUGCACACUCUUGUUUUGAAAGGAAUAAUCUAUUCUACACUCUCUUAUUUUGAAAGCAAACCUCUAUUCUACAUGCUUUUAUUUUGAAAGCAAACCUCUAUUCUACAUGCUUUUAUUUUGAAAGCAAACCUCUAUUGUACAUGCUCUUAUUUUGAAAACAAGCCUCUGUUCUUAUUUUGAAAGCAAGCAUUUAUUCUACACACUUUUAC